UGACUUCCCGGGCGGGGUUUCUAGGGAGACAAAGUGUCCCAUAGCAACUAGUGCGGUGCCUCGUUCUCUGCAGGUGACGUCAGUGCGCACUGCACGCACAUUUAGCAGCGCGUGACAUCAGCACGGGUGAGGCCGGCUCCAACGGGAAGAAGAUGGCAGUUAAUGUGUAUUCCACGUCCGUUACCAGCGAUAACCUGAGCCGUCAUGAAAUGCUCGCGUGGAUCAACGAGUCCCUGCAGCUCAACCUCACCAAGAUAGAGCAGCUGUGUUCAGGCAGCGUUUACUGUCAGUUUAUGGACAUGCUGUUUCCGGGGUCUGUCAUGUUGAAGAAAGUGAAAUUUCAGGCUAAACUUGAACACGAAUAUAUCCAAAACUAUAAAGUCCUCCAGGCCGGCUUCAAGAGAAUGGGAGUCGAUAAGAUAAUUCCGGUUGAUAAAUUGGUGAAAGGAAAGUUCCAGGAUAACUUCGAGUUCAUUCAGUGGUUUAAGAAAUUCUUUGAUGCUAAUUACGACGGGAAGGACUACGACCCUGUGGCGGCUCGUCAGGGCCAGGAAUCUGCCCCGGCGCCCCAGCUGUCUGCCCCGGCGCUCAGCAAGCCGAAGAAACCUUUGGGCCCCGUGAACUCAGCUCCCCAAAGGACUGUGCCCGCUCAGAGACCCGCCGCGAAUGCCAAGCCACACGCUGGGAUCGCCAAAAAGCCUGUGGCCGUGGGCAACGGAGACGACGACUCUGCCGAAUUUAUCCAGCAGAUAAAUGUCCUGAAAAUCACCGUGGAAGAUCUGGAGAAGGAGAGAGACUUUUAUUUCGGGAAACUAAGAAACAUCGAGCUGAUCUGCCAGGAGAACGAGGGCGAGAGCGACCCGGUGCUGCAGAAGAUCAUCGAGAUCCUGUAUGCCACAGAUGAGGGAUUCGUCAUACCUGAUGAAGGCGCCCCCCCUGAGGAUCAGGAGGAGUAUUAACGCUGUGCUCCCGCCCUGCAGUCAUUUGAGUUUUUGCCCGAAUCAUGUGCUUUCCUGUAAAAUACCCCCUUUUAUUCUCAGAGGGCUGUAUCUCCGCAGCGACGGCUGAAAGUGCACUUUGCCAAAGUUUCACUCAUUUUCGGUGGUUUUACGUCCGAAGACAUUAAUCGCGUUUUGUGGCACCGGCCCUUUAAAUGUCCUUUCCAGAUGUAUUUUGUGAAACGACCCCCACGAGGCGCUCGGUUUCCAGCUUGCGAGAAAGUUCUAUUCAAAACGGAGAGGGAAAAAAAAGCUUAAAAGACGAAGUUUGGAUGUUUUUGGGGAAUGUGCUCUGUUUUUGGUAAUGUGAGGUCGGGGUUGUGUAGAUUAUGCGGAUGCCUUAAGGAGUUUAUUUACUUCAUAUCUGAGCUCAUAGUGUGUAAAGCGGCUUCUCGAGUGCAUGUCUAGCUAUUGGGGGCUCUUUCUGAAAGGGGCCUUUAGGGGCUUUAACCCUUUAAGGGCUGGCAGGGGGUGUAAGAUAUUCUACUUGCCUGUCUGGCACUUGAGGGGGUAAUGCAUGCUGGCACGGAAAUUAACCCUUCUCUGCUCCCCUCUCCGCAGUAAUGAAGCUAAGUCUCGUUUAGUUCCUACCUCUGCUGCCUGCGGUUUCUUGCCGCCUCGGUCUGACGCAGGUCGGCCCAGUGGCUGUUGGGGGGGUCGUUGAUUGUUUAAGAAUGAAAAUAGUACUACUAAAAUGAGAUGAAAUUUCCUGAGGCUUAGUGGCAACCUCUGAAUGUUCAGCAUUUUCCCCGCUCACUUUUUUUUUUAAAGUAUUAUUUUUGCAUUAUUUAAGAUAAACACCGUACCCCAACUAAAAGCCCCCCCCCCGACGUCUCCGUAUCCGCUCUGGCGUCUCCUGCUCGCCGGGUAGGUCGCUGCUAGACCCUGACGGCUGGCUUUACCAUUUUAAUUAAUAGGCUUUGAUGGCAACGUACGAUAGCCGGGCCUGGUUGUGGUGGUCCAGCGGUCGCAGUCAGUGCUACGCUUACCCGUUUUCUUUUUCCGUGGCCUUUUCUUUUCCCCUUUGACUCUGGUUUUACUUGUAUUUUUUUUUUUCCCUCCCCACAUUUUGUUUUUCUACUCUAAGUCAUUUCUAAAUAAAACUUCUGUAUUUCAA